UAGAGCUCUUCAUUGGCUAUCCGAAUCAUUAUUUGGAUUUCAGUUAGAUGCUUGUUAUUAUAGAAAAAAUCAAAAAUAUAUUUUCAUUUAAACUUUUGUCUUUGAUUGAAUAUUGUAUACCGGAUAGUAGGCGCUUAUUUCUACUCUCAUAACUAUUUAUAUAAUCAAUCACGUACAGAAUGAAAAAUAAAUUAUGUUAUGAUUAAUAUUCAUAGAAAACGCAAGAGAAGGAGAUGAACUAGUCGCACAUUUUCAAAAGACAGAUAAGAACGAUAAUAGUGCUUGAUGUAAGAUCUUGUUAUUUAUGUUUUAAUAGUUAAUAAGAUCAAAUUAUGUCAAUGCGUGUUGAUUUACAUUUGAUGUAAAAAGUUGAGUUUAUGAAUUGUUGGAAAAUAAGUGAAUUAUGUUGACCGGUUUCAAUGAUAUCUAUAUUAGAGAGAUUUUAUUUAUUUUGAUUUCUUUCAAGUGAAUCAUAAUGAUUAAAAUCAAAUAAUUUAUUUUAUUAGUUUUUAAUAUUCAUAUUAUUCCUUAGAAGAACAAAAAAAAAUCGUUUGAUAUAUGAUUAACUAAAAUAUCAUAAAAUGUAAUUGAACUCUAAUAUUUAAAAAUGUUUUGUCUUUUGUUCAUUGAUAAAUUUCAAAAUCAUACUUGAAUACAAAAAAUUUAAUCAGCUUCAAUUACAAAAAAGCUAAAAAAAGAAAAAAGAUUCUUGCUUAUAAUGAAGUUCUCAGCAGGAUUCAUUCAUUAUGAAAGUAUCAGGUUUUUUUUAAUACUGUCCUGAUACAGAAAUAAGAGAACAAAUUUCAAUUUUUUUUGCAUAAUAAAAUUUUGCAAUAUUAGUAUCUAAGAACAGUAAAUAUUAGAAAACGUAUUCUUUCCUAAUGAAUAAAUCCUAUUGGUAAGGUCAAUUUGUGGAAAAUUGAAAUUUGAAAGUUACUUUGAUCUAGAUAUACCAAUAUUUUUAAACUAUUUUUUUAUCUCAUUUGGGUUCUAAAAGUAGUCUUUAAAUAUUAAAAAUUCGCAAAGAAAACAAAAUUAAUGAAAAUUGUAGAUUGUUUCGUACUUUUCUCAAAUCAAACUUUUCAAAGAAACAGAGAGUACAAACGUCCCUAUUUCUUAACGUUUGCUCUAUUUAUCAAAAUUUAUCUAUCCUAAAUUCCUUAUGUUUUUUUUAUUAGGCAUUAGAAAAAGAAGUUGGUGAUACAGUAAAUAUUCAAGCAAUAUUAAAUGGUACAAGUAAUUGGCGUGGUCGUCAACAACAAAUCAUAGCUUUACAAGACAAAAUAAAUGAAUUGAAAGCUCGAACAACAAUGAAUUCAUCUACGGGUUUAAAUGAUGAUUGGGAUAGUAAUAAUUUAGCUACUAAAUAUGAUGAAACAAUGUCUAUUGCUCAACAACGUCAUCGUGAUGAAAUACGUCGUAUUGAACGUGAACGUAAAGAUUUAUUUGAACAACAAAAACAAGAAAUUCAAACAAUACGUAAUGAACAACAAACAUUAAAAGAUAAAUUAGAACAAUCAAAAACACGUAAUACAAUAUUAUCAAAUGAAUUAAAAACAUUACGUGAACAAUUAAAAACAUCAUUAGAAAAAAGUAAACAUGAUGAUGAACUUGUUGAAGUUUUAUUAAAACAACAACAACAAAUAAAAAUAAUACAAGAACAAUUACAAAAAGAUUUAGAUAUGAAAACUAAAAUAAAUAUUGAAUUAGAACAAUCACAUAAAUUAGAUCAAAUGAAACAAACAAAUAUGAUUAAACAAUUACAAUUAAUUCUUGAUCAAAAAGAAACAAAAAUUAGAGAACUUGAAAUGCAUUUAGAUGAAAAUAAAAUUAAUUAUGAAAAAGAUGACACUGAGUUACCUUCAACAUUUGCUAAACCUGAUGAUUCUUUGGCAUUUGUCAAUAUUACGAGUCGACAUACUCCAAUACAAAGUAUUACUUUAGCACCGAUGCAAUUAAAUACUUUAAAACAAUCUACAACAUCAGAUCCUGUUCUUACUCGUCUUGAAAAAAAUGGUUUUACAACUUCAUCAAAUAGUCGACCACCAAGUGCAGUCAAUAUUAAACGAUCUUCUGAGGAUAAAGAUCUCAAAUGUAUAAAUGCUGCUCUAGAACUUGAACGAAAUCGUCUUGUUGAAUUUAUUCAAACAUUACAAAAACGUCUUGAUAAUUCUAAUACACAACUUGUUGAACAAGAAAAUAAAUUAAUUGAACAACGUAAAAUGAAUGUUCGUCUAGAAAAAGAUAUGGAAAAAGUUAAACUUGAUUUAAAUAAUGUAAAAAAUCGAACAGUCAAAGGACGUGGAGCAAUGCCAUCAUUACCAAAAUCAGCAUCUAUACAAUCAGAUAAUCAUGAAACAAUUGAAGAACUUGAAAUGCGUCUAACACUUAAAACAGAAGAAAAUGAUGCACUUAAAAAUGCAUUGAAAUCAAUGUUAGAUGCUAAAGAAGAAGAUUUAAAAUUAUAUAAUGAAACAAUACAAUCAGUUAAAGAUAUUUUUCUACAAGGAAUUCAACAUUAUAAACCACUACAAACAACAAGAGGAUCAACAUAA